ACGCGCUUCGAACACCUUUUCAUUCAUUUAGGCGAUUUGAACGAACGCCACGAGGCCGAAAUCCCCCCUGUGGUACGCGAGACACGCGUUUCUUUUCUUUUCUUUUCUUUUCUUUUCUUUUCUUUUCUUUUCUUUCUUUCUUUCUUUCACCUGCAAUCGUGUUGUCAACACUUCUCUGUGUGUAAAACGCGUUGUACUUUCAAAGGCGAGGGAACUAGGUGAGAGGAUGAACCGUGGCGGGUAGAAAAUGGCGGCGUGCAAGUUGUCGAGUGGGACACGUUCGGUGAAACAAAGAAGAAAGAAGAAUCACGAGAGAGUUGGCCAACACGCGCGCGAAUUUUCGAACGCGCAGACUGCAGAGGACGCUGGCGAUCGGCAAUUAUUUCUCGUAACGUGAUCCAUUAACUUGGAACGCGAUCGUUGGCUGAAAGUCAAUCGUGGAGAAACGGGGAGAACACCCUCGAUGACACCCAAGUCACGAUCCAAGCCGGCUGACACGGCGGUGCGCGGCAUGCUCGACGCGGUAUCGACCUGCGAGAUGUGAAAUGAAAUGAACUCGAUCUCGUUCGGGGAAACGGACAGAUGUAAGUGGGAGAAACGUCGAGCGGAGCGCAAGAGCGGGCGCAAUAGACGGAACACACACACGACGAUGAACGCGACGAACGCGGAGAACCCGCGAUUAUGCCUGUUGCCGGAGGAUCUCGAGGUGUUGGAGGAUCCUCGGACGUCGUCGCUGAGACGAAUCAGCUACGGCAUCAUCCUGCCCACCAUCUGUUGCUUCGGGAUCGUCGGCAACGUUUUGAACUUGCUGGUACUCACCAGGCGCAACAUGCGUGGUACCGCUUACAUCUACAUGCGAGGUUACUCAACAGCGGCGCUCCUCGCGAUUCUGUUUUGCAUCCCUUUCGCGCUUAGAGUGUUUAUUCACAAGGAUACAGGCCGAUGGAGCAAUUGGACGCAAGCCUUCUACCAUACUUAUCUGGAACUUUUCUUAGGAAAUGGCUGUUUGGGAGUCGGAGUGAUGAUGCUGCUAGCAUUGACGAUGGAACGUUACAUUAGCGUUUGUCGACCUGGCCAGUACACACGUCCACCCUGUGGCCCACCGCAUUUAACGGUGGUGCUGAUUCCUCUCGCAACUUUCCUGGUUUAUCUGCCGAGUGCGUUUCGUGGAAAAGUAACAACCUGCCUCUUAACACCAGACGGCCCUGUCAUUUACCAAAGGAGGGAGAAUCAGUCGUAUCUCGACUCGACGUUUUAUCAGGUGUACAAGAUAGUUUUGGAGAUGGUUUUCAAAGUAGCGCCAACGAUACUACUGGCUGGCUUCAAUCUUCGAAUAAUGGUGGUCUAUCGACGAUCCUGCGAACGUCGCCGACGAAUGACGUUGUCGAGAACAGCGAGCAACGACGAAGAUCCGAGAACGUUCGCGGAAGAGAGAAGGCUCGUGCUUCUUCUAGGCAGCACCAGCAUCCUGUUUCUCGUUUGUGUCAGCCCUAUGGUAAUUCUGAAUGUCACUUUGAGGGAGAGCAAUCUCAGUCACUAUCCUUACCAGGUGUUUCGCGCUCUGGCCAAUUUGCUAGAGGUAAUCAAUUACUCGAUCACGUUCUACAUCUACUGCAUGUUCUCGGAAGAUUUCCGAAACACCUUGGUCCGCACUCUGCAGUGGCCUUGGGGGAAAAGCAGCCACGGGGCAAGAGGACUCGCGAUGAAACGAUCCUCCGUACAGAGACCAACCACCACCAUCACCACUACCACCACCACCACUACCACCACACCACCGACAACCGCUGUUGCGACUCCUGGUCAUUUAGCGCGUGCCAGCGUUUAGUCUCUCCCUCUCCUCCUCCUCCUCCUCCUCCUCUUCCUCCUAUCCCUCUCUCUGUCUCUCUCUUCCUAUCUUCCUAUCUUGUUCGAGCCAAGGUCGUUCGAGAGAAGAGAGAAACCGCCCGUAACCGAAUUUCCCCAACCGCGGAACGAACAACGCGGUAUAUCAGUCUACUUCCUCCGGUCUCGCUUUAACAAGCGUCCCGCGAUAUCGUAACGCGAUAUCGGAUAUAAUACCGGAACACGUGCGACCGUCGCGAUACAUCGAAUACAAAUAUUUGUACUUCGUGACUGGCAUGAACUAAUGCGACAUCCCAGCUAUCGAAAAAAUUCGCUGAUACUUCCGACUAUCCGCUAGUGUGAUACAUUUUUCUUUUUUUUGAGUGAUCUUAUAGGCAGAGAUCUUAUACUCUCUCUCGACGAAUAAUGCGUGAAAAUUUCGACGACUAAAGAAAAAAAAGAAAAAGAAGAAAUCUCGGAGAGUUUUCUUCGCUCUAACCUAAAGUUUCGUUUUAAUCGUUGUCACGAUGUCAAAUUUCUACACUGUGAGAGCAGAGUGUAGAAUAGAGAGCGGCGGCAUCAGCGACCGGGCGCAACUGUACUCGUAAGAAUGUGAGAAAACGGAUUUAAUAAAGAAUAUUUGCGAAUCUUCCCAGAAUAUCGAAAA